AGUUAGUAGGAAGUUCCAACUGCAUCUCUCUCUCUCUCACUCACUCUCCAGCGAAGCUCAUAUUCCCGCCGGCGGAGCAGAUCAUCGGCGUCACUGUUUCUCAACUACUACCGACUGAAAAAGAAUAAGUUCGCUGAAUUCCAUUCGUUCAUGGAUGUAAUAAAUUUCUGCGGCACAAUUUGUAGCAGUAAUCGUCUCGCUACAUCCUCCAUAAUCGGUUCUUCAUUUGGCAUAAGUCAAAAUCAGAUUACUUGUAUGACGUCCACCAUACCGAUUCAAAAUGUCAAGGAGAAAGGUCGACAGCCACUGACCGGUGUUUCUUUUAUUCGUCCUCAUCUCCUUCAAUUGUCUCCUUAUCAACCUAUUUUGCCGUUUGAAGUUUUGUCAACUUCUCUUGGUAGAAAACCUGAGGACAUUGUCAAACUGGAUGCAAAUGAAAACCCCUAUGGUCCUCCACCAGAGGUCCUUGAAGCACUUGGGACUUUAAAAUUCCCAUAUAUUUAUCCGGAUCCUGAGAGCCGAACGUUGCGGGCUGCUCUUGCCCAGGAUUCAGGACUUGAAUCAGAAUAUAUACUUGCAGGAUGUGGUGCUGAUGAACUCAUUGAUUUGAUCAUGCGCUGUGUAUUGGAGCCUGGCGACAAGAUUCUGGAUUGCCCCCCAACCUUUACAAUGUAUGAAUUUGAUGCAGCUGUAAAUGCAGCUUCUGUUAUUAAAGUUCCUCGAAAACCUGACUUCAGUUUGGAUGUGGAGAAGAUCGUGGAAGCUGUUCAACAAGAGAAGCCCAAGUGCAUCUUUCUAACUUCUCCAAAUAAUCCAGAUGGAAGUAUAAUAAGUGAUGAAGUUCUCCUCAAGAUCCUUGAGCUGCCUAUAUUGGUUGUGUUGGAUGAAGCAUACAUUGAAUUUGCCGGACUCCCAUCUAAAAUGCAAUGGGUCAAAAAGUACGAGAAUUUGAUUGUCCUUCGUACAUUUAGUAAACGAGCUGGUUUAGCUGGAUUACGUAUUGGAUAUGGGGCAUUUCCUUUGAGUAUGAUUGAGUAUCUUUGGAGAGCAAAACAACCAUAUAAUGUCUCGGUUACUGCUGAAAUUGCAGCAUGUGCAGCUCUAAAGAAUCCAGAAUAUCUUGAGACUGUUAAAGUGGCAUUGGUGCAAGAACGUGAAAGACUUUUCAAACUACUGGAAGAAUUACCAUUUCUUAAACCGUUUCCAAGUCAUUCCAACUUCAUCCUUUGCGAGGUUACAGGAGGAUUGGAUGCUAAAAAAGUGAAGGAAGAUUUAGCGGAGAUGGGGGUGAUGAUCCGUCACUACAACAAGAAGGAACUUAAGGGUUAUGUUCGGGUAUCUGUUGGCAAGCCAGAGCAUACAGAUGCCUUGAUGAAGUGUCUCAAGAAAAUAAGCUGAUUUCGCUCUGAGUAAAUCAAAUUGGCGUUUCUUGUAAAGGGUAAGUGAUCAAAUAUUGGGUAUCAUUCAUGUUCUAAUUUAAAUCCAUUUGGAUCAAAUGGUGUCUAUUAUUGAUAAACAUCAUCAGAUCAGGGUUGCUUGUUAUUACUAUUUUGUUUAACAUGUUAUGAAGUAAUUGUAGUAAUAAUUGGCUGAAAUACCAAAUUAAGGGCUCUUUAUU